GCGCUAGGACCAUGUGGCUUCAGAGCUGAUCUGUACAGGGCUCAGGCACCAAUAUUGUCAUUCUGAGAGCAGGAUCUGAACAGAACAGGUGUGAGUAGCUAACUAGCUGCUCCAUGGCGUCCCCACGUACUGUGACAGUUGUGGCCCUCUCUGUAGCUCUCGGGCUUUUCUUUGUGUUCAUGGGAACCAUCAAGCUAACCCCACGACUCAGCAAGGAUGCAUAUAGUGAGAUGAGACGAGCUUAUAAGAGUUAUGUUAAGGCUCUCCCAGCGCUGAAGAAACUUGGUAUCUCUUCUAUGUUACUCAGAAAGACCAUUGGUUCCUUUGAGCUAGCAUGUGGUAUUGUACUCACUCUAGUUCCUGGGAAACCUAAAGACGUGGCCAACUUUAUACUACUACUCUUGGUUCUUAUUGUCCUGUUCUUCCAUCAGUUGGUUGGCGAUCCCCUCAAGAGAUAUGCCCAUGCACUCGUAUUUGGUAUACUUCUUACCUGUAGACUUCUUGUGUCUCGCCAACAUGAAGAGGAGCCCACUGAAAAGAAAGGAAUACGAGGUGGGAAUGGUGCCAUCCCCCGUGACCCCAGCAAGAUGAAAGUUUCUUAGAUUCUGUGUACAAUCUGGUCCAUAACCUAUGUGGUAUACCAGGACUUCUGGGUUUUGUUUUAAUGGGGUGGGUUAAACUUGAACCUGGAGGACCUCGGAACUGAUUGUCCUCUAACUCAAGUAGAGAAUCCAUGAUAUUCCAAUGUAACAAUCCCCCUUUUCCUGCAACAAACAAAAUACUUUAAACUUGGGAAAAAAAUAACUGAGAACCACCUCUGAUAUAUGCAAACUCAUUUUAAACUUCAUCAUAGGGAAAUUCAUGAGAAUGUGAUUGUUUGUGAUAAACACAAAUACCAAAUUGGGUACCCAGAGGCAAAUAAUGCUGAAAUAGCUCAGGAAGGUUUGAGGGAUUCAGAAGGGGGAUUGGGAUAGGAAAUCAAGGAUUACCUGUGGGAAAGGAGGACCAGUGUUGAACAGCAAAGGUCUCCUAGCUGUGAAAGACCACUAUUUAUUAACAUUUUAUUUUAUUUAUUUUUUUCAUUUUUGUUUUACAUUUAUAUGAAAAUCCACAACCACCUUGAUGAUGUCAGGGCAGGAAAAGGCUUCAUUGAUGUUCACUAUACUUGAAUUUGAUACAAAUAUUUGGUUCUGAUUAAUUCCAAAACAUUGGUUUCUCUAAUUAGUCAGCAGCUGUGUUGACUCAAAUUUUAAUAGUAAACUCUACAGCAAAAUCUUGAUAUCAGCAGUUCCAUAGAGCACAGCAGAAAAAUUAACACUGUGUCCUAGAAUAAUACAAAAUCUGGUGGAAAGUUCUCCUUCAUAAAUGUAUCUUCAUAAUUUCAUUACAUUAACAUAGUCCAGUUAUGGUUUCUAAAGGAUAAAGGGCACAUAUAAAAGGUUGAAUUAUUUGUUAAAGGUGUAGCAGAUGUUGCUGCAUGAUCAUACUGAGCCAAAAUGUUCUUUUUACAUUUGCUACACCUUAUUAUGACUUGUGCUCAGGAUAAGGGUUUUGAUGUGGGAUAAAGUAAUAUCUACUGUAUUGAAUGAGAUUUGACCAAUGUCCCACCAAUCUCAUAUAUACCAUUUCACUGUGCACUUUAAAACCUCAUUUCUUUAUGUUACAGGCAGAUAUAAAUUUUUGUUUUGAAACUAAAUAAACUACCUGGCGGUCUGGAAUAAGCCAAGUUAUUUGUUUUGCUGAGUAUGCGAAAAAGAGUGAGAUUCAAGAGAGAUUAAAUUCUUUGAUGGUUAUAUACCCUCAUUUUAAUACAAAUAAAUAUGUUUUCUUUAUUCUAA